ACAGCAAAGUCAUUACUGGGAGUAGAGAGGCGUGAAGUUCAAGAUACUGGUAAAAAGCUUUUGUGAGAAGGGGAGUCACCCUUGUUCCAGUUAUGGUAUUUCCAUUUUUCACAGCAAGUUCAGAGGUACCAAAAUUGCGAAAGGAAGACCAAAAAGCACGAAACGCGCUGUUAGCUGAUAUCCAGCAGGGAACUCGCUUAAGAAAAGUGACUCAAAUCAAUGACCGCAGUGCACCACAGAUUGAAAAACCCAAAGGAACUAACAGAGAUGGAGUUAAUCCAGCCAUUAAUAAAGGCAGCUCUCAGCAGCCUCUGGGAGGCUUAUUUGCCGGUGGCUUUCCUGUUCUCAGACCAGCAGGCCAGAGGGACGUGCCGGCUGGGAGGUCUGGGCAGCUUCCUGGAGUCCGAGCAGCGGUUCCCAAGCCCUCUGCCCCACCAAACAGCAGCGCUGCAAAGCCAAGCAGUAACUCCUCGCAUCCAGCUGAAGGCCCAAGGGCAGCUGGAAGGGAUUGUCCACCUCCCACACCGCCCCCACCACCACCACACAUGCACUCCCUGACCGCAAACAGGCUCUCCUUUCCACCCUCCCCAGGCUUUAACAGUGCUCUCAGCAGUGCUGACGUGCCCCCUCCGCUGCCCCCCAAGUCUCCCCACCUGCUGUCACAGUUGCAUAAGCCAAGCAGUAUUCAGUCGCUGCCGCUUCCUCCCACCCCCGGCCUCCCUCAGCCUGCAGCGGUGGUGGAGACCAGGAAGAAGAGACUGGGCCGAGGUGCAGGAACCGGUGCUGGGAAGCUAGUCACUCCUCCACAGCCACCAGCAAGAUCACCAACAACUGAACUUACGAGCAGGUCUGGAAUCUCAGCCUGGGCUACAGCUUAUGACCCCUACCCACCACUUAAAAAUGGAAACAUGCACAUCAUCGAUGACUUCGAAUCUAAAUUUACUUUCCAUUCUGUGGAGGACUUCCCCCCACCUGAUGAAUUCAAGCCAUUUCGGAAAAUAUAUCCCAGCAAGAUAGCUAGAGAUCCCUCUAAAAAUCCUCCGUUAAGAACACAUGUGAGAUGAGAAGAGUCUUCUGAUGCUCUCUGGAUUGGUAU